AUGAGUGGAUCCAAAUCAGGCGGUAAGAAGCAAUUGAACAAAAACCAACUCUUCAAGCGUCAAAAGGUGAGAAAUGCAAGAACCAUAAGAACAGAGGCACUUUCUUCUGCCUCUGGGAAAUCAGAUGAUCUCUCUGAAUCUGGUGGAAUGCUAAGAGUAGACCAAUUUGUCCAUUCUAGAAAAUUCGAGAUUGAACAAUUGCAAAUCGCCAUGAUUAAAUCCAAGGCGUCAAGCUCUACUAGGGUGUUUCAAUCUUUACCCAGAAAAUUACGUCGUAGAACCGCGUCACAUAAUGUUCGUAGGAUUCCAAAGAGAAUGAGGAAUAGAGCACUAAGAGAGAUGAUGAAGAGUGAUCAACAAGUGGUGGCUAAAGAACGUAUUAAGAAAAAUAAAAUCCAUGGAUUAACCGCCUCACAAUUAUACAAGAUGAAGAUGUCAGUUAAACUUCUAAGACUAGCUGGUAAAUCAACAUCUUUAAAACUUGCAUUGCCAGAAAAUGCGACUGCUUCUAAUUGUAAUUUAAGACAAAAGAUUAAGACUUUACAGAAACAAAUCAAGGAAGCAAAAUCGUUCUCAUCAUCAAAUGUCAAAUUCAACAAUAAUAAAAUGGGUAGUUAUGAUAAUACAGGAAUUUCAAAAUUGGCUCCUAUACCGAAAGGUCGCAUCAAAUAUUUCAAAAGACAAAGAUUUUUUACUUGGCUACCUACUCAUAUUUGGAAUGCGAAGAGAUCUCAUAUGAUUAAAAGAUGGGGAUGUCAGCUACCUUGGUCGCCCACACAAAAAUGUUUCAAGAUGACUCAUAGAAUCGCUUCUUAUUCUGCAACUUCCGAUGGGGCUUUAUGCAUGGAUUCUAGUUUUAUGGGUACCAUGAUCAUCAAAGACACUAGCGAAGAACAUACAAUUUUACAAUCCCUAGUUUCUAGGUUAACAAAUAAACGUGCCAUCUUGAGGAAAUAUAGGCAGUCGCAAACGUGGUUUCAAGGAUUGUUCUACUCUAUUAAAGACUCGACCAAUAUAUGGGGACCGGGCGAUCUGUUUUGGGUGAAUGAAGGCACUAUCCUUCUGAGGGUACAUCCUUCUAUUUAUGUUAGCAUAUUUAAUGAAAUCGCAACAAGUGAUAAAGAACUGUUACUACAUGAUUGUCGUUAUGCUUUGGCAAGCAUCACUAUCAAAGGUGCAAAAUCUUUGACCGCAUUGUCCAGUGCCUUAAGAAGUGUCACACCUAGUGCCUCUUUCGAACAAUUCAAGCUUAUUUCGAACUUAACAGAUGAGAAUGUACUACCCCAAAAAGCCAUAUUUGCAUUUGACGCCAUUGAUCCAAGAUAUUUAAGUGCACCCAAAAGGAUACACUCUAUUAAUUCCAAGAAAGAGAUUUCUGUGGAUGCCAUAUUGAAAUUGCAAAAUGAUUACCCUCAAGAAGAAAUUAGGAACAUAUUAUUGAAAUUAUGCGAUCCUGAAUGCCGAGAAAUGUCGUAUAAAAAUCAAAAUACAUUAAAAGAAUUAUCAUCAAGGCGUCAAAAACUAUUAAUAUCCACACCUCAAAAAAGACAAAUCCAGCAUGAUAAGGACUCCGAUCCAUCGAUCCCAUUAUUAAUUGCCAAAAGGCCACGUACACAGGAUUGGGUUAUUAUUUUACCGUGGUUUUGGUUAUUACCUCUCUGGCAUCAAAUUAAUCGUGUUCCAAGGGUUUACCAUUUCGGGUUACGACAAUAUCAACAGCUUCAAUAUGAACAACGUCAAUUAUAUUUUCCAGAUGAUUACCCUUUCACCAAUGUUGGGUUUAUGGAAAAUUCUUUAUACAAGAGGCAAUCUCUUAAAUCAAGGUGGCUGAAGAAGCCAAUAGGUAAACGUGUUAAUUAUGAUAAAAUCAAUGGUAUUCAUUCAUUGGAAUUACCAGCUUUUUCUGGUGAAAUUGGAGAUUAUUUUAGUUGUGAUUGGGAAUUGUUACGAAUUUUAAGAAAUGGGAUUGACUUUCUAACUUCUCAAGGAAAGGAAUUGAAGUUGAUUGAUUCUCGAAGGACAACACAGUUUGAUAGUAAUGAUAAUUCGAGGGCAAUUAACACACUGAAUGAUGUGAUUGAGUUGUACAAAGAUGUAAGAACUAUUGAACCAGGAACUUCCUCAACUGAAGAGCUUCCUGUUACUCUGGCUUCUUCGUUACCAACACCUGGUGCAUCAUUGCAUGCGACAGAAAUUAAGAAUGAAUCAGCAUCAUUAAUUAUUACACAGACUACUCUUCCGAUUGUUGCUAUUUCUUGUAAUUUUAUAGAAAGAGGACACCCUCAUGAUAAUGCAAGGAUAUAUCGGAUUCCUGAUACCGAUUUAAGCUACUGGUUACAAGUUGCUAACGGUGUUUACCGUGCAGAUGGUAAGAAAGACCAUGAGCAAAACAUCCCAAAGCCAUCCGUCAUUGAUCUGAUUGGAUUUGUAACCACAGCAACGUACCACCUUGGAGAAGGAAAUGGUCUUGCCACUGGAUUCAUCGAUGCUCAUAUUGCCUCAACAAUGCCAUUAGAGCAGAAAUAUAUUUUGGUAAGAAAUGUAGGAACUAAUAUCUACAGGUUAGCCCACUGGGAGCAGAUUAUUAUGUAG